CUUUCUUAUUUCAAUUUAGGACUGACUCCGCACAUAAACCAACACAAUUGUUCCACCGAAUCAGUCUGUCUACAAACCCACUGCUGUUGCCACCAGGCUGAAACUAGUGUGCGGCAACGAGCUCCGAGUGCUCAAUCAUUCCCCAAAAUUCUUUUGUUAGCGCAGCCUGGGAGUAAAUGGCUCCUGUCUUACUAGACGAGGCUCCCGGGAUGCCGCCCAGCCAGGGCAAGCAAAAGGAGCCCCCAACAAGGGCAGACCCUAAAGUCGUAUCUAUAGGUCCAGCUCCACUUGACCCAGUUCCUGCGUUCAAUUCUCGGAUGUACUUACAAAUUGGGAUACUCAGCGGCUUGGUGCAGUUAAAAUUGGGUUAUUGGCGAAAUUUUGGUCAAAAAACUCAUUGCAUUCGGUCGCAAACCGGUGACACACAUCACUAUCUCAAGGCGGCCGCAAACCUUGCCCAGUUGUUUCCCCCAACGCUAGCGGCCCAGCCUCAGAUUGGCGUCGAAUCUGAGGACACCAUCACGUCCAUCUCUGGCAAUUCUUACCGCAGACAAGAAGAUCGACAUCACUUCUCAAUGGCUUCUGCCUUUGUAUCACGGUCCAGCUCUACUAUCAGUGGUUUUCCAUAUCCCAAAACAUUCAUGGCUGGCUUGAAGGACCCUGAAACCUCGGCACCUCCCGAAAACUUGGACGAUGCUCAUUCUGAAUCACGGGCCAGCAUGCCCAUUCAAGAUGUUGUGAGAGCCGGGGAUCAACAGACUCAAAAUCCACCAGAGCCCGAAAUUCAUUCACCUGAGUGGGAGUUCGGUGACGGGUGCUUCGGAAUAGGUUUCAAAUACAGGAGACCUGUGGACGCACAGGUCAAAAGUUCAACUCAACAACUCUAUGUGAACAUCGGUCUAUUUCCCCGUGGUCACGUUACCCCUGUUGAGCGGCUUAUUUUCGUGAGCAAACCGGAGUACCUAUUCUGGAAGCUGCAGUGGGCCGCUUUCCGACUACGGGGGUGGACUGGGGCUUUGUUGUCUCUCAGGCAUGUUCAGGAGUUCAAGCUAUACCAGUGUGACGUACGUAAUGGAAGCCAUGAACGAGUCCAGAUCGACGAGAAGGCCGCGGCCGAUUUGCGGCUGCUUCUUUUAUUAUAUCGGUGCUGGCAUGUUCCGCCGAGUAUCUCGCGGGAAUGGGCGCGCUGGAUUCAUGAAGAGUUUAAUUGUGGCUCUAAUGACGUCCUACAGGGCCGUUUCUCCAUCGAAUUAGUGCUGGGCUGGUCAUCAACGAGAAUAACAAUAGUUGUUCUGCUGCCAGUUCUGCUGAGCUUGGUAGUGGGUCUUUGGAUGAACUCGCAAAAUUGGACGGAUUUGGCUACAAUUCAGACGGCAUGGGGGACUGCCUCGUACAUCGUCACCGCAGGGGGCUUGACUGCGGCAUUGCUGGGGAUUCUUAGCAGCAUUGUUGACAAAUAGUUAUUAUUGUGUGCAAAGGAUGGAUUUUCGUGUGCGAUUUGGGUAGCCCACACAGUAAUGAGGACACAUCGGGGAGGGUAAUGCACUGAUUUUCACAUCUUAUGGUGUCUUAGGCGAGUAACAGAUUAACGAGAACCCCAUUUAUGAGUUAUGAACU